AUGGCUUCCGGCUCUUGUCAACACCCGCCGUGUGCGCAAGUUGAACCAGAAGGCGGCUUUGAAGGCCCGCCGCGAGCGCCUUGCCGUGCACCAGGCCAAGCUGAAGUAAACCCAGAUGGUGCAUGGACCAAAGUGAUCCUUUCUUUCACUUUUUUUGGUUUUAUUUUUACUUCGUUCAUCCCCAUUAGGAGGAGAAAAUUUAAAAAAAAAGGACAUCUCUCUAUCUUCUUCUGUCGCCGUAGGCGUGUUCCUGUAGGGGUUGGAAUCGUGAGUGCGUUUCUUUUUUCUUUUUUUGUUGUUGCCAAUGUUUUUACCAUCUGCGUUGGACCUUACUUUGCUCCUUUUGCUUUGGUGAUUCCUUUGCAUUUGAUACCUUCAAGGAAGUUAGGACCGAUGGCCAAGUCGAAGAACCACACGAACCACAACCAGUCGCGGAAGAACCACCGCAAUGGCAUUAAGCGCCCGCUGCCGAUGCACCUGCACAAUUCGAAGCGCGGUGGAUGGCUUCCGGCUCUUGUCAACACCCGCCGUGUGCGCAAGUUGAACCAGAAGGCGGCUUUGAAGGCCCGCCGCGAGCGCCUUGCCGUGCACCAGGCCAAGCUGAAGUAA